AUGCGUUACGCUAUUGCUGCCUCCGCUAUCUGCGGUCUCGUCGCCGCUGCUCCUCAGAUGAUCAACAUUGAGGCUGCUCUGGCUGUUCCCACCCCUACCAUUCUUGGCCCCAAGGUCGAGGAGACCAAGGCGGCUCCCGUCUCCUACAACCCCACUGUUGCCGCUUCCGCCGUCGCUGCCGUCGUCAAGGAGGAGGGUGUUGUUGGGAAGCGCGAUGUGAGCAGCUGCGGUGCUCCUCUGCCCGGCGGUGGUGCAACUGUCCCCGGUGACGGCAGCACCAACGCUUACCUUGCCACCGACAGUGUCCUGAGGUCGACUGCCCGCGGUGCUGCCACUCCCUCUGACUACGAGCAGUCCUUCGUCGACAUGACUGGCAGCUCCCAGCAGAUCGGUUACCUCACCUACAAGAACCUUGACUCUUACGACCCCUCGGCCUGUGCCUCCUUCUGCGACUCCGAGAAGUACUGCCAGGGUUUUAACAUCUUCUACGAGCGUGACCCCAAGUUCGAGCCCAAGGACGGCUGUGCCAACCCUGAGCCUGUCACCAACAUCAAGUGCUCCAUCUACGGUUACAAUGUUGCCAGCAAGGCUGCUACCAAUGAGGGCCAGUGGCGCGGUCCCCAGGAUGCCAACGGCGAUACUUUCCACGUCGUCAUCACUGGUUCCAACGGUUACUCUAAGAUCAGCAAGGCUCUUCCCUCUGUUCCGGACUUCAAGGCUGGCACCAGCCUUCCCGCUGCCAUCAACGCUCCUCUCGACGACGGCUACGACACAUACAGCGGCAUGAAGCUGUUCAACGACAACCCUUACGACCCUGCUCUCUGCGCCGCUGCUUGCGAGGCUCAGACCGAGUACGACGUCAACCACCCCGCUCAGGACGGCAGCUACAAGACUUGCAACUUCUUCACUUCUUACGUCCUUACCAAGAACGAUGUUCCUCUUGGUACCUACUGCUCUUUCUACACUCGUACCUGGGACUCUAGCUACGCUGUCAACACUGGCUACUGGUACGGAGACGACAAGUACUCCGUUCGCGACGCUGCUUCCUACGAGAUCACCAACUUCCUUGCUCCCAAGAAGCCUACCCAACAGUAG